AUGGUCCCUAUAACAUGCUUUAAGAUUCGACGAAAUGAAAGAUCCUUGUCUUCUGGAAGACCACAGCUUCUCACACCUAGAGAUAAAAGACGUAUUGUCUCGAAUAUCAAAAAAGACAGGUGGUCAACUUUGGAUGAUCUUGUUGAUUAUGCUAGUGCUGACACGGGAAAGAAUGUCAACAAGGUUACCAUGCAACCUUUUCUUACCAAGGCACACAUUGCCAAACGUCGAGCUUGGUACAAAACUGUGCAAGACUGGAAUGGACAGUGGGAAACUGUUAUCUGGAGUGACGAGUCAACAUUUGUGCUAUAUAAGAAGAAUUCAAACAGAAAUCUCUGGGGCCAAACUUGUGAGAGGUUUGAUACGGAUUACUUUGCCCCGAAGGUGCAAGGAAAUGAUGAAAACAUGGAUGGUCCAAGAUAUGUAGAAGUUCUUCGAGACCACUUUCUUUCAUUUUUGCAUGUUCUUCCUGUACCUAGCAGCGGUGGCUACAACUUCCAGAAAGAACAUUUCAGGGCUCAUAAAUCAAAAGCUGCAGGAAAGUUCAAGAAAGAACAUGGUAUUGAUGUUUUGGAAUGGGUAUCCAACAGCCUUAACCCUAGCCCCAUCUAG